UCUCAGCUCAGAGAAAGCUCUGAGAGCCCACACGAGCAACUGUUAGAGCAGAGGCAGCUAGAGAAACACACAGAACUCCCUGACUGAGAAAUAUCACACAAAAAAGUUAAAAAAGUCAAUUAAAAACAACAUCUAUCCAAGAAGGUCAAAACCUGAAUUGAUACGUAAUUUGACAUUUUUUUUAAAACAAGGUUAAUCUCUCGAUUCAUUUUAGAUGAAUCUUAGGGAAUGAGUAUAAAGGACACUUUUGAUUUUUUCUGAAAAGACAAGUGGAUCUUUAUUCAUCUCUGAGAGAAAACGGGAAACAUCAGGACAACUGGAGCAGGAGACUCGAGGAGCCAGACAGAGCACAGCAUCUUCCUCGGCAUCAGCAGAAGUGAGAGUGAUUCCCUCCACCUGUGAGUCACUGCUCUACCUAGACUCCCUGCACUCUUCUCCAGCCUCAAGCGCAGCCUCAGCCCUGUAACUCCAGCAGAGGAUGGCUGCAGCCAAGACCGAGAUGAUCCUCCCAACCCUGCAGAUCUCAGAGCCUCUGAGCUUCCCUCACUCCCCCAUGGAUAACUACCCCAAGCUGGAGGAGGUGAUGAUGCUGAGCUCUGCGGGAACCCCCUUCCUCACUGCCUCCGCACCCGAAGGUGCAGGCUUUGGCUCCGGGGAGCCAGGAGACCAGUACGAUCACCUUACUGGAGAUACGCUACCUGAUAUUUCCUUCAACAAUGAGAAGCCAGUGACAGACCAGACCUAUUCUCAGAGGCUGCCCCCCAUCUCGUACACAGGCCGUUUCACUUUAGAGCCUGCCACCACCUGCAGCAAUAGCCUCUGGGCAGAGCCCAUCUUGGGUCUGUUCACUGGUCUGAUGAGCAAUGUUGCCCCCAACUCCAGCUCUUCCUCUGCUGUCUCACAGACCAUCUCGUCCUCCUCUUCAUCCGCUCCGUCCUCCUCCACUUCCUCUUCUUCUACCUCUUCCACAUCUCAGAGUUCGAGCCUGAGUUCCUCCAUUCACCACAGCGAGCCCAACCCCAUUUACUCAGCUGCCCCAACCUACUCCAGCCCCAACUCUGACAUCUUCCCGGACCAGUCCCAGGCAUUUUCCAGUGUUGCUGGAGGAGUGCAGUACCCUCCUCCUGCCUACCCAAGUGGCAAGACCUGUAGCACAAGCUUCCCUGUGCCCAUGAUUCCUGACUACCUCUUCCCUCAGCAGCAGGGCGAGAUCAGCUUGGUGCCCCCUGACCAAAAGCCCUUCCAGAGUCAAUCAAGCCAACCCUCCCUCACCCCUCUGUCCACAAUCAAGGCUUUUGCCACCCAGACAGGUUCCCAGGACUUAAAGAGUGUCUACCAGUCCCAGCUUAUUAAGCCCAGCCGCAUGCGCAAGUACAACACCCGGCCAAGCAAGACGCCCCCACAUGAGAGGCCCUAUGCCUGCCCUGUGGAGACCUGCGACCGUCGCUUCUCGCGCUCUGAUGAGCUGACACGCCAUAUCCGCAUCCACACUGGUCAGAAACCCUUCCAGUGUCGCAUCUGCAUGCGCAACUUCAGCCGCAGCGACCACUUGACAACGCACAUCCGCACUCACACUGGUGAGAAGCCCUUCGCCUGUGAGAUCUGCGGACGCAAGUUUGCCCGCAGUGAUGAGAGGAAGAGGCACACAAAGAUCCACCUACGGCAGAAGGACAAGAAAGCAGAGAAGGCAGGGGCAGUGGUGGUGACAGCAGCACCGGUACCAGCUGCAUCGCCUGCCUCCAGCUACCCCUCUCCCAUCACCUCCUAUCCUUCUCCAGUGUCUUCUUACCCCUCUCCAGUCGCCUCUUGCUACUCGUCCCCAGUCCACACGUCCUAUCCAUCUCCUUCCGUGGCUACCACGUACCCAUCAGUGUCCAUGUCCAUGUCCAUGUCCAGCACUUUUCAGUCCCAGGUCGCCUCCUCAUUCCCCUCCUCAAUCGUCUCCAAUAUCUACAGUUCCCCCGUCGCCACCCCUCUAUCAGACAUGCAGAGCACUCUCUCUCCAAGGACAAUCGAGAUCUGCUAAGAAAGAGCAAAGAGUUCAGAUACUCUGCACCUCCUCUUUCUUAAGUUUCUUUGAGGGGGAAAGACUUGAGCAUCAAAAGACUUUGUCUCCCCCUCCAAAAAGCACUUUUCUUUCUGCUCCCUGUGCAGUGUUAGGAGAAUCCUGAGAUUUACCUGAAAGAGAGAAAAAGACACAUGUCAAGGACUGGGCAAACAAAAUAGAAGUUUAAAAUGGAUCCCCCCCCCUCCCCCUCCCCCGUCUCUGUAUAACAAUUGCAGCACUUCAAAUGCAUAAGGGACUCAACAGAUAGAGCGCUGAAGUCGCUGCAGACGGGUUUCUACUGCUAUACAAAAAAACCCACACACAACCAGAUUGCCAGCAGUUGUGGUGCUAAGGCACGUUCAUCAUUGCAGGCACUUAAACAAUACAAAAGACAUUAAAUAAUAUACAUAAGCUAAGAUAUAUGUAUAUUGUACAUGUGCCAUGUUUAGUUUUUAUCAUUCUUUGGUACCAUUGAUGUGAAAAAUUCUUUGCAUAUUUGCAUUGUAUUAUUUGAAGUGAGCAGGGCCAUACUUUCUACAUUCUUUCUCUAUUAUGUAGUGAUGAUGCUGUGAUAUGUUUUGACAUUGUUUGGAAAAAAAAAGAAGCACUUACGUAUUCAAGCAUGAGUAAGAGUGAUGUUACUUUCUGUUUGUAAAUAUCAUCCACUGGUACUAUCUCUUUCUCUCUUUCUCACGAGACAUAUCGCCCAGUUAUAUGGAAAAAUAGAGAAAAGGAAAAAAAACAAAAAAAAAAACGUUUAUAAAAACAAACAAAAGCAUAAAACUAAACCAGACAAACGCUCCCGUUAUUUGGUGCCUUUUGUGAAGCCUUGCUGAUGUUGUGACUCGGCUGCGCACGCGAGACAGGAUGCACUGCAUCUCGCCUUAAAGGUUGAGGGAAUAUUUUUGUUACAGAAUGUAAGUCAUAGUCAGCGGGAGGAUAAGGAACAAGCUACGAGGGCACCACUUCAUUUUAUUAGAAUGUGAGCAAAAAAGGAGAGGAAUUAUAAAGUCUAUUUUUGUAAAACUGAAAUGUAAAUAUCCACAUCUUCAAGAGCUGGAAUGUUGAAGUUACCUACUGAGUAGGCAUGGGAUUCUUUUGUAUGUUAUAUACAUGCAGUUCAUUAUUUUGUGGUUAUCUUUAUUUUGUAUUUGUGUUUGUUAAAACAAGUGACUGUUUCUGGCUUCUAAACACAUUGAAUGCGCUUAACUGCCAAUGGGAUAUUUGGUGUACAAGAUAUCCUCCCAGAAAUGAAAUAUAAAUAAAAAUAUGAAUCUAUAUGUA